GUACAGCUGAUUUGCUCGGAGUGUUGUAACCGUUCUACGUGCACAAAGAACCGCAGGUUUUUUAAGCUUUCGUGAAGAUCUCGCGAGUAAAAUAUUCGGCGCUCACGAUGAGAAGUGUUCCUGUAAAUUACGCUCAUACAUUACCAUGACCAAAAAGAGCUAGACGAGAGGAAUUGAAAACUUAUCACGAAACUGAAAGUAAAUAUACAUGCAUCUUCAUGGAUUCUUGUCAGUAGAUUCAAUAUACAAACAAGGUUAGCUUUUACUCGUCGCUCUUUUUUGUGCCAAAACACUGAAACAAAGAAACAAAUUGUGCAUGCUAAAAAAGAAUGGCGCCUUCCUUGGCAUUUUUCUUUCGCAGGCGUAUUCGAAUGGUCUAUAUACAACUCAAGUCUUUUUGUUCUUGACAAUAGGACACACGCAGCAACCCGACCUCUUUUUGAUAGUUCCACACAAGUGUCGGAACUAGCUUGUGUAACCUAAGUAGACACCUAGAAAGAGCACACGGCUGUGUGUCUUGCAAACCAUGCCUUUUCUUUUCCCAUAUCGAUAACCUUUACCAUCUUGAAGAUCAACCAUCAUCACCAUGAUCAAGUCGUUGUCGCACGGAAAAAGCUCCUCCAAGACGGUGGCAGAGCAGGAGCAGCAGCGAAUAUACCAGGCGCACUGUAAGAAGAUCACAGGCGCGAAGAGCCGCAUCACAUCGAGUUGGAAUGAUCGCGAGGUCCAACGGCUACAACCUAGUCUGCGAAAUGCGAAAAGGGAACAGCAGAUUUCCGAAAAACAUACGCAGAUCGAAAAGGAAAACUUUCGCUUGCUUCAACGGUGACCUGGCGAACUUUAUCCAUCAAGAGAACAAUGACUGACUCCACGAACACAUAUUACCAUGAAGCAUUAUCAAGACAACCAACCAGAACCACGUGUACGUAGUGGGGAAAGUAGAGACCUGAAAAGCUAAUUAAUGUUGUUCUCUGUGUCGUUUUUGGGGAGAUCAUAUUAGCCUAAGCAAAUUGGUACCACGUAUUCACCCUAGAAAAACGUAACAGGUUUAUGGAGAUCGACUCCAAGGCGCCACAGAAUGUGGGCACACGACCGAAAGCGAAGAUGUCGGCUGCCCGUCGUGCUGAACUGGAGCGCAUCGAGCGGGAAAACCAAGGCCUGCUAAAGCGCAUUACGACACAGCGUUCCACUAUAGACCGAAAGCGACUCCAGCAGGACCACGAAGAUCAACAACGCAUCAUGAGACUGCGUUGCUGCGAACGCCCACGAGCAGUCGGACCCAGAGGUGCAGCUGUUAUGGGAUGGAGAUGACAGUGAGACGAAGUGGCUCCAUUUACCGUGUUUACCAAUCGUUACCUUUAGACUUGUACGUGGCAUAGUAUUGCAUGUGGAAGUAGUACAACAUAUAGUACAACUAGUUCUUUUUGGGUACACGACCAAAGUGAUCGUGCUUCGAAAGUCUGUGUUCCAUCUUCAGGUACUCUAGAAGCCUUUUCGCAAAAGGUCGUCCUCUUCUUGGACACGCUUUCUGCAUGAGAUAUCUAAAGAGAGCGUUAGAAAAUUUUCAUUUUUUCAUACUACCUGGCACGACGACAAACGCGGCUCAAAGGGCGUCCUCCAUGGGCGCGGCGACGAAUGGGAUCGUCGCGGAGGACGAUGAUAUCUACGCGGAUGAUUUCGAGGAGUUUAACGAGGAAGAGAGGGAUAAAUUGCUAGAGGAGGAAGCUGCUGGAAUGGAAAGGGUACAGAUUGACCAGCCCAUUGACCAGCUGAUCCAACGUGGCAUGUUGUGGGAUCCCCAGGAUGAAGAGGAAGCUAGCGAGAGGACAGUUCUCGCCGCUGCCGAAGAAUACCGAUCUGGAGGUGGAACAGACGAGGAGCGUGAAGGAGCCGUAGGUUGUGUUACGGAGGCAGCGUGUUCAUGAUUUGACUUAGAAGGUGAAGAAGUUUAUUUCGUGCGUUGUAAGGAAAUCCAAUCCCAAAUCCGUCACGCGUUUUUGUUCUGAAGGAACAGUUUGAUCUAUCCUAUCAGUUAUAGAAGUAGAUGUAGAGGCUUUUUCGAAGAGAGUGGGAUUCCUCCGUAAUGGACGCGCGACACGCCUUUUGCAAAUUAUGUUUUGAUGAAAGUAGAAGUACCAAGCAACGAAUAAUUUGAAGUUUUCGACCACUAGUACAAUAUGAAUAUUCGCAAGGGAGAAGUCGAGAAAUAGUCUAAUUUCUGUUUCGAGAGCGCAUGGGCAGACGGGGACAAUGCUGUGGAGAGUGCGCGAACGCGGUCGAGCGUGCGAACCUACAACUCUGCUGAUGACAAGGAGGACUCGCUGACAAAAAGUGGCAACGUGCUAAGUGCGAGAACGCAACUGGACGACGUGGAGAAGAUUAACAUUCUUAACGGCCAACAAGAUAACAUUCAUCUAGAGGAGUGGGGUCACCAAGAUCCAGAUGUAGUAAGCGAAAGUUGUCGCGAUGUGGAGAUGACUGACUCCGUUGCGCCUGCUGUAUCCAGUGCGGAGGAGGAAACGAAAGACCGGUAUGAGUCGUCCGCAACCGCGGCUGAAGAUCCGAAAGCCCUGGCCGAGGCCAAGCGUAGAGAAUUAGAUCGUGCGCUAGCUGAAAUCGAUGCAGAAUUUGGGGGAACGAUGAUAAGGCUGCUCGUCUCAAAGAUUGAUUCUCCUCACAACUACACCCCUUUGCUGAUGUGGAUGUUCGAGUUGUUGUACAUGUCUUUCUCCGAUCAAUCUAACGCCACUUCUGGGAGUCUGAGAGUAUGAUGAGUUGAGGAAAUGAAUUACUUAGCUUUAACGAUGGCUGCGCGGGUCCGUAUUGUUGGAAGAAACGCUGCCAAUCAGAAUCGGGAAAGACCGACCGGACAGCGAUCUGGAGGGGCCUCUGGAGUGGGGUCCACUAAUACGAAGCGAGCCGCAGAAAAGAAGGCAGCUCCAGCGGCUAUUGCACCAGCUGAUAAAAAGACAGUGGCAGCCUACACAAGCGUCCAGCGACCACGUGCGCUAUCUCAGACACAGGCGAAGACAGGUAACGCGACUAAAUAUUGUGACUUCAAUAACUGGGGAUCGAGAUAGGACGUCAAUUGAUUGCUCUUUUUUCCAUUAUCGCAUACGAAAGGCCCUUGGACAGUUUGGGACGACCGCAGAUGGAAAGAAAGCACUCAAAAAGCUCGAAAAAUGGACAGUGAGGUUUACUGUAAUGUACUAAUGCAGUCGUAUCUUCAUGAAUUACAUACUGUAGGUGUCAGCGCCCGAUAGCUUUCCCUCCACUAGAAUCCUCCACAUCCUUCAAGCAUUUCCUCCGUCGGGACGCGCCUUCCCCGCUUUUCUUCCGCCAGGUCGCGACGCUUUACUGGCGGAGUUGAUCCGCGGGAGAGGAGGCGGAACAGAGGCGCAGGCGCCGCGAUAUUCGACAGAGGAGGGCGCUGCUCUGAGGGUUUUGAGAUGUUUCAAAGUUUGCCUGCUUUUGAAUGUAGUGUAGGUUUUUGGAUUAGAAGCCUUGGGUGCAAAGUUUUGCAUUUAAGUCUUUGAGAUGGAGACUUUGGGCGGGUUUGAAGCUUUUGGCUUGCAGCUUGAAGCUUGUGGCCGUUUUCAGUGUGACGCUUUGAGCUUCAGCGAAGCCCUCGGCGUAAAGCUUCGAGCUUGGCGUCUUUGAUUUUGAAGCUUUGGACUUGCAAGCUGAACCUGAAGCCUUGGGCUCGAAGUGUUGGGCUUGAUCUGAAGGGUUGGGUCUGAAGUCUUGGAUUUGAAGUCUUGGACUUAAAAUCUUGGACUUGAAGUUUUGGAUUUUAAUUCUUUUAUUUGAAUCAAAUCCAAAACUUCGCGUCCAAGACUGUCCCGCUUGAGUUUUUGGAUUUGAGUUUUUGAAUUUGAAAAAUUUGAAACUUAAUUUUGUUUGAUGAAGUCAAUGAUUUUGCUAUUUUUGCGCAAAAUAGCAAAACUUUUGACUUUAUCGCCUAGAGUUUAAAUUGAAUCGCUUGCGGUCGCGAUUGGCUACACAUCACGGAAAGGGUGUUGGCCGGAGUGGCGGCCGUGGGUGAAUGACAUGCCACGGUCGAGAGCUCGCAAGUUCAGAGGUUCGGAGGUUCCUGGGGUCAUUGUUUUCUGGUUCGGUUCAAGUGCUUCUGGUUCAGGUGUUUCUGGUUCGGAGGUUGGCGGGGUCGUUGUUGGUUUUUUACUUGGCUCUUUAAUAUUCUACUACAGCAGGCGUUGGAGCGGGUGCUGCGGGACAUCCUUCAGCUGCGCCAAAGGGUGGAGCUGCUCUGGCAAAGGGAACGGCGAAGGCGGAGGAGGAAGUCGCUGUGUUUGUUCCAGCUGGUUUUGGGCGUAGUGCGCAACUUGUAAAGCAGAAAAAAGCGGAAGCAGCCUAUGGACGAAGGGCGCCUACCAAACCAGCAGAGCAGAUUCUGGCUGAGGCCGCUCAGCGACAGAUGCAGGCUCGUGAAAAGGACGGCCUUCCCUCUUUUACGGCCCACCGCGGUGCAGCGCCAGACGCCCUUGGACCGAACAAACAAGCUGGAAGUAGCGUUUCGUCUUCGAGUGCCAGUCGGGGGCCUGUGCUUGGCACAGGAGGCGCCAGAGCUUCGAGCAAAACCGCUGUCGGAGACGGUGACUAUGAGUGGGAUAUGUCUAGGACCGAAGACUGUUCGUUGGAGAGUCGGGUGAAUGAAGAAGUGCGCCGGGACGCGUUGUCGCGAAAGUAUGACUUGAACCAAAUUGUGUCUGGUGCGGGAAGAGGCGCGUCAAAGCAGUUUCGCGCAGUUGCUGUUGGAGAUCUCGAAGAGUUUCGCAAACGGCAGCAGCUACAACCACCCGCGCUUUCCAGCGAAGAUUCUGAUGCGGGAGCAUCUUCUUCGGCUGAACAACAGCAAACGACCUCUAGUUGCAGCGAGGUUCUAGUCGCCACUGGGGGUGGUUUGCAGAGUCGCGCCAAAGGUGCGUCGGCGGACCCUCUAGAGCAGAACGAGGUGGGCGCGUCACACAUUGAUGCAGGUUCGUCGGCCAUACUGGAAGUCACAAAAGCAUGCAGAAGGUGGGAACCGCCACAAGGAGUCGAGAAAACCGAGGAAGAGCUUCAGGAAGCAAGAAUAUGCGCUGAUUACUACCUGCAUCAAGGCCACGCAGAGGCGAAGGCACUGCUAGAGGAGCAGAGGAAAGCCGCUAUUGCGGCACACUCGCAGCUUCAAGAACUAGCCGGAGAAAAGGGAAACGUCCCUACUGCUUCCGCAGAUGAGGUAGAUCAAAAGCGCGUAUUUGUUUUUUGCAAUCGUCGUGGGUCUACAACAUGCUCUGUGGGUUGUUCUUGUAACAAGAAUUCUUGGUAACUAAUUGCAAGGCAGUUAUGCAAAUGUGAAGAUACUCAAUCGCGGCACUGGAUGACGUUUUUGUGAUUCUGUAUCUAUUUUGCAAUCCUCCACACCCACAGCCGUUGUUGCCGUCAGCAGACGAGGGACGAGCUAAGCUGCAACGAAUUUUGCGCGAUUUGAGGAUAGAGCCGCCGCUUUCUCGUAUUGCGCGGGCGACUGACCUCGAUGUUCCCAUCAACAGCAAGCCAACAGAGCCAGACUUUUCUUCUGGAGCUUCGGGAGUUUUAAGGCUCUCCACACGCGCUAGAAUUGAUUUCCUUCAUCCUUAUAAAUACAUGCCCAGAGUAAAGCGGGCCCAUCAAGGGCCCGCUGCGCUGGGCAUAGGUUAACAGCUAGACAGAUAGCUAAGACACAGAAAGACAAACGAAAAAAGUCGCCAAGUCUGCUCGCCAAGACUAGAAAGGCCGGCGCGAGGCUAGUCAGCUGCCUACUGCUAUGGCUACUGCCUUGGCCAACUUGCUUACUUGGAAGCCAAUGGACGCCAAGGCCGGCCUCGGCGAGCUCAGAAGCUUCGGCCGGCUGGCUUGGAGGCCAUCCGUGGCGAGGUAGCUCAGAAGCCAUGCCCAGCUAGCUUAGAAGCCAUGCCCAGCGAGCUUGGAAGCCCUGGCCUCCGAACGCGUGGCCAGCUAGCAUGGAAGCCAUGGGCAUGGCCAGCCAGCCCAGCUUUGCUUGGCUUGCUGGAAGCCAUGGCGAGCUAGCUCAGAAGCCAUGACCAGCUAGCCCGGAAGCCCUGGCCAGCCAUCCCGGACGGCAUGGUGAGCGAGCUCCGAAGCCAUUGCGUUGCCAGCUAGCUUAGACCUUAAAAGCCAUGGCCAGCCAGCUUGGAAGCCAUGGCCAUCGCGCGCUAGCUCUGAAGCCAUGGCCAGCUAGAAGCUUAGACAGCUAGCGCAGAGGCGUUGGGCAGCUAGCUACGAAGCCAGGCAACUCUGAUUCUGAAGCUUUGGCUAGCUUGCUAGCUCUGAAGCCUUGGCGGCCAACUUGCUAGCUUACUCGGAUGCCAAGCAAUGAACUUGAACGCCAUGGCUGACUAGCUCAGGAACCGUCGCCGGCUUGCUCGCUCUGAAGCCUUUGCCAGCUAGCUCAGAAGCCAUGGCCAGAUAGCUUGGAAGCCAUGGCCAGGCAGCUUGGAAGCCAGGGGGAGCGGGAGGGAGCGCCAUGGCCAGCCAGCUCAGAAGCUACGGGCAGCGAGCUUAGAAGCUUUGGCCAGCUAGCUCAGGAGCCUUGGCCAGUUGGCUCAGAGUGCGGUCUUGCGUGGCCAGCGAGUUCAUGUUUAGAAGCCUGGGGCGGCUCCCUAGGUAAGGGAGCGGUAGCCUAGAGGCCACGGGCUGGCCAGCUGCUUCUGUCAUAGCUGUCGCACCUUCUGCGCUAGCCGCUUCCUUCAGGGAGGGCCCUUAAGGAGGGGGCUAUAAUAGCCCCUCUUAAUAAGAGAGGGGUCCUUAAGGGAGCUCCUUAAGGGUGGCACACCUUUAAGGAAAUUCCUUAAGGAGCUCCCUUGAGGGCCCACCCGUAAGGAGAUCGUAGAAUUUGCUUAACUGUAUAUAUUUUCCAGGGCUCAGGGCUGGAGGCCCCCCCCGAUCUAACUUUUUGAGGGGGAGGGCUUUCCCGCCCCGGCCCCUCUUUUCGAGGGGCUGCCGGGCGGGAAGGGCUCAAAGCGCCCACUUCGGACCCCUUCCCGCUUCUUGCCUGUACCCUAGAGUGCCACCAAACCGGAGGACGUAGAAGCUGGCGAAGGAGGCAAGGCAGGGCCCCGCUGCCUUGUUGCAUGUACCCUACAGACCUGGCAAAGGUGGCAAAGGCAGGGCCCCGCUGCCUUGUUGCAUGUACCCGACAGACCUGGCAAAGGUGGCAAAGGCAGGGCCCCGCUGCCUUGUUGCAUGUACCCUGCAGACCUGGCAAAGGUGGCAAAGGGCGCCCUCUGGCGUGUUGCGGUACCCGACAGAGCUGGCAGAGGAGGCAAGGCGGGACCCACCCCCUUGGCGUGCUGCAUGUGGCCAACCAUACAGACCGCGCAAAGGUGGCCAGGCUGGACCCCUCUGGCGUGGUCCCCCGCAGAUCCAUCCACAGGGGGGGGGCCUCCCUCCCUGGUACAUAUAUAUAUAAGUAUGAAUAUAUACCAAUUUCAAUUCUUCCGUUCUUGCUCCGCUUUUCUCUCCUCGUGAAAUUUUCUAGAGAUAGAACGUGAUUUGGAAACGAAAUGCCGAGUUCGUUGUAGUAAGGAGGCUCUAACAUUAUUAAGCGUGGCUGAACUCCAGCCCUCUACCGCUAGCUCACUACUUUCCGAUCGAGUAGUUGACGUUCCUCCUGCUUCCAGCGAACUUCACGCGUUCGACAGGGGGUCGUCGGCGAACAACCACGAACAGGCGGAGUACGAAAUAGAGAGCGGUGCACCUACUUCAAUACGGCUGCAACCAAGCAGUGCAGCUGCCGUAUUCAACGACACUUCGGGAGAAUACAUUGCAGGCGAUCACGAUCACGCUGCUCAGAUCUACGCAAACGACGACACUGUGUCGAGUAUCUUUGGCAGCCUUGGAGCAGGGGACCCCCCGACCUUAGGAAGUUUUGACGGUGAUCCGCAAACUAGCGUUCCUUCACAGGCGCUCUCCGUUGACGAUGGGACCGUACGCACUUCACAGCUUCGAGAAGAAGGCCAUCUUGCCGAUUCGUCGGCUCUGGAUGUUGCGGCAGAGGUUGAACGUCGAAUAGCACAGGCUGAAGAGAUUUUUCGAGGCGUGUAGUCUACGAGGAGAUGCCGUUCCUUUCGUCGCAGCUCCUUCAUUAUACUCAUGUGCGCUUGAAGAUGUAGUUUACGGCGUUUACUCAAAAAAGCAUUUUCACUACUUACUCACACUUUUGCUAGAGAAAGCGUUGAUAUCGUUAGGAGGAGUGACUAUAGGUCGAUGGGACGAUGUUAUAAGUGCGAGGUUUUAGAAAUCGACUUGAUUAAGUCCCGGUCUUUGUGUCUGUUGCUUUUUGUUUGAUAUGCUUCAGGAUCCGGUGGUGUUGCUUCUAGUUUAAUAUGCUUCAGGAUCCGGUGGUUUCAUUACUUAUGCGUGAUGCUUCUUUCGUAUGGGUGUUUGACAACAAGUAGAAAAUUUUGCUACAACAGCCUCAUAGCUGUGAGACCGACUUGCGUGGACGUGCAUCCGUUGUUUAUCCAACAAGAAGCCUCAAUUUCUUUGCACCAAUAAAUCUCUGUUUGUGUAGUUGUAAGGGAACGUCUUCAAGAACACCGCAAUAAUUGCAUAACUUUCAUUUCGUUGACCACCAGGGUCAGGCUUUCAUGAAUGUUCGCCAUUGCUGGUUUUCGAUGUAAGUACGUCCUGUGAUGUUUUCAGACGACGUUCCGUAUUUCUCGGUCUACGGUCUUGUGGUUCGUUGUUCUGUUGCGGAUUCGUCCCGCGUGAAGGUUCCAUAUGCCUAUUUUCAGGGACGCACUGGAAUUGAACCGCUCCAGUGGAAAUGGAUCACGUAGAUGAACAGACACUUCCUGCAAAGAAUUCCCUUUCUUAAGAUCUAUCAACUAGAACUCUGGCUGAUCAUAAUGAGGAUAUGAAGACUGUAGAGGUGGAUCUUCACUCACUUACAUACAUCAAAUCAGUCUACCUUGUGGUUCUAUGUUCUCAACGUGGCAGAUCUCCACUGAUUGCUCUAGAUGUCAGAAGUGUCCACACGAAUCGAUUGAGGAUCGAAGCUGGUAAAUGAUCUUUGACAAAAAUCGAAUACUACAAUACUUCCUGUUAGCAAGAACUACCACUUGUUCGUGUUCCUCAUGUCUUGCAUUUCUUGGAAUAUUUUGAAUGUAGAUCAAACUCUCCAUUGCGAAAAGAUCCGUUUCUUCUUGC